AUGUCUGGUAUUGAGAUUGCCGGUCUUGUGCUAGCUGUGAUCCCGCUCUUCAUCUCGGCGCUUGAGCACUACGAGGACGGUCUUCGGCCUUUUCGAGUUUUGAAGCUAGUCGUCUAUCAGCAGGAGCUGGCGCAGUACCGGACGAAGCUGACGACCGAGUAUGGCCUAUACAACAACUCUCUCGAAGAGCUCCUUGUCGAUGUCGUGCCUCAGCAGGAGCUACGCAGCAUGAUCGAUCAGGGUUAUGGCCCACACUGGAAGAAUCCUGCACUCGAAGACAAGCUGAGGAAACGGCUGGGGAGUGUCUACUCGGUUUACUUCGAUGUCAUGAAGCAAAUGCAGGAGAUCAUGGCAAGGAUAGCAUCUCUUUUGGACAUCCAGAGGCAGGGAAACGUGCGUCAAGCGGGUCGCUCCCUAUGUCCUCGGCUAACCGACUCCAUAGAUUNNACCGGUCCUCAGCUCGAACACCUUCUGGUCGCGCAUCCACCGAAGCACAGUCUGUCCCAAGCUACGCCCCAUUCUAGAGUCUACGAGUUCAAGAAGAAGCUGAAGUUUGGCUUCAAGAGCGGACAAAUCCAACCUUUACUUCAAGAGCUGGGUCGAUACAACAACGCGCUCUAUCGCUUCACCGAUAGUAGCAGACGUCUGGAAGGCCUGCGACCAACUGCGUCCAAGGCCACGUUCACAGCACCCAUUCAUCACGUUCGCGAAUGCGCCGAGAGACUGCACCGAUGCCUUGUUGGAGUGUGGGCAUGCUCCGCCCACACCAACCAUGUUAUUGACUUGCAGCUCGAAUCUCGCAUCUACAAGUCUGGCAUGCCCGAAGCUACCGAAGAGCGCGUUCUGUUUUCCAUUGCCUUUCUGGAUAGUAGGCUACUCGAUCGUUGGCAUUGUCUGGAAAUCUAUGUCCUUACAGCAGAUCCGCCAAUAUCACAGAAACCGACAGGCAAAGUCAACUUUGCUCCAUCGACCCCUACACUCUCAUUUGAUCCCUCAACAUUGCCGCUGAUCCAUUGCCUCUGUACAUCUGUGGCAUUCCCACAAGGUCAGCCUCAUCGCACGCUUUGCCUUGAUCACGAUCAAAGGCUGCUCGGAGACUAUCCAGUACCUCAACACAACACUGCAGGACAGCAUGAUCGAAAUGGCUCAACGACCAGCCUCAAACAAGUCCUAUCAGGCUCUUCCGCCUCUGUGCGAUCGAGACCAUUCAGCAGUAAGCAGGCUUAUCUUCUCGGCUUGACUGUCGCAUCUUCAUUCCUCCAACUACGAGCUACUCCCUGGUUAUGUGGUUCAUGGCGUGCACAGAAUGUAUUGUUCAUCAGCGAGACCACGACCAAAUCCAUCGACUUUGACAAACCAUACAUUCGACAGACUUACCCAAGCUGUCACCAGCAACAAGCCUCGUCUCAAGCAACUGUGGGAGCUGAUGAUGCUGAUGACAACUGCUCAUUCCUCAAUCUCGGCAUCAUGCUGCUCGAGAUAUUCUUCCGAGAGCCCAUCGACUCGCGACGAGUCUCAGCUGAUUCCGGACCAAAUCAGAGUUUCUCAGAUCUACAGACUGUGCGACGAUGGGUCCAGCAAGACAAGGAAGAAAUGCCGAUAGGCUUCUACAAGGCCGUCUCGUUUUGCAUCGGCUGUUUUGCCAGUACCAACGUUGAUCUUCAAGACAACGCUUUCAGGCAGACGGUCGUCGAUCAGGUUAUUGUGCCUUUGAAAGAAGAGCUCAAGAUGUGGAAUGCCUAG